AUGGAUCUACAGGAACGCCUUGCUGCGGAUACAAAAAGUGCAAUGCCUUCUGCUGUGCUUGCCCAGGAGGUGAUCUCGGUCAUUCGAGAGGCCAUCGAACAGCCCGGUAUAGAAUGGACGUCUGUCAUUACGGCGCCUUGCGACUCCGUGCACUCCACCUAUGAAGAGUGGACCUGCCGUGCCAGCCACAUUAUAACGUGGUAUCCUCCUCCAGCGACAAGACGCGCACCUCCCGAAGACUCAGCGACAACCGUAUUCAGCGCCGGUGAGCCAGUGGAAACCAUCACAGGAAGUCUUCAGCCAGCCUUUGCAAACGUCCUGAAGCAUCCUCUCCACAAUCACAAAAUGCUUUCAGAAUUGCAGGAGACGUUCGCCGCGUGA